AAACCCUAUAAAUUCUUCCUCAUAAUAACAUAAAAAGAAAAUAAAUUAAGCUACAACUUCAGGUUCGGGAGAUUACUACUAAUUUCUUGUGGGUAAUAUGGGGAGUGUUCUACGGGGUACGUCGACGCCGUCUUCGUCCUCCUCCGUAAGCGACACCACGGUGUCUACGUCAGUGACAGAGACGGUGAACGGGUCACAUCAGUUUAAGAUUACGGGAUAUUCGCUGUCAAAAGGUUCGGGGAUUGGCAAAUACAUAACUUCAGACACGUUUAUGGUGGGUGGAUUUUUGUGGGCGGUCUAUUUUUAUCCCGAUGGGAAGAGCCCCGAAGACAAUGCCGUCUACAUUUCAUUGUUUAUUGCUUUGGCGAGCGAGGGGACCGAUGUUAGGGCUCUAUUUGAGCUCACACUUUUGGAUCAAAGCGGCAAAGAGAGGCAUAAGGUGCAUAGCCAUUUUGGGAGGAUGCUUGAAAGUGGGCCCUAUACGCUUAAGUAUCGCGGCAGCAUGUGGGGAUAUAACCGAUUCUUCAAAAGAACUCUACUGGAACAAUCAGACUACCUCAAGGAUGAUUGUCUUUCCGUUCACUGUAGUGUUGGCGUCGUUAAGUCACAUACAGAGGGUCCUAAGAUUUAUUCCAUAGCUGUUCCGCCUUCAAACAUUGGUCAUCAAUUUGGACAACUUCUAGAAAGUGGUAGGGGAACUGAUGUAACCUUUGAAGUUGACGGGGAAAUCUUUCCAGCCCACAAGUUGGUACUUGCUGCUCGUUCGCCUGUGUUUAGGGCUCAACUAUUUGGUCCAAUGAAAGAUCAUAAUACAAAACGUAUAGAAGUUCAAGAUAUGGAAGCUCUUGUUUUUAAGGCCCUUCUUCAUUUUAUAUACUGGGAUUCUCUUCCUGACAUGGAAGAGCUCACUGGUCUCAACUCAAAUUGGGCCUCUACUUUGAUGUUCCAGCAUCUGCUUGCAGCCGCAGAUCGGUAUGGGCUAGAUAGGCUACAACUAAUGUGUGAGGCUAACCUUUGUGAGGGUGUUGCCAUUAACACUGUAGCAACUACAUUGGCCUUGGCUGAGCAACACCAUUGUUUCCCGCUUAAAGCUGUGUGUCUCAAGUUUGUAGCAAAGCAAGAAAAUCUAAGGGCUGUAAUGCAAACUGAUGGCUUUGAGUACUUGAAAGAAAGUUGCCCGUCCAUCUUGAGUGAACUAUUGGAAUAUGUAGGUAGAGUAAAUGUACACCCAGUGGUAGUAUGCAGACAUGAGAAUGAAGCCAUCCUCGAUGGAAGUGAUGUUGAUGGUAGGCGAGUGAAGCAACGGUUAUAAUAGUAGCAACUUUUGUAGUUAAAUUUGAAUAACAGAAUCCUUUUUUUUUAUAAAAAAUAAGUAUAAUUUCUC